AUGUCAGCAGUAGUUUCAGUUUUAUAUUUUUGCGGAUUUCCAACAGAGUAUUGCGAGUUUGGUCCAUCGCCAGCUGCUUGUCUAGCAGAGAAUGGUCCCUGCGAAUCGGCAGCAGCAGCAUCAACAACACCAGCAGAUUCUACAACAACAACCACUACAACCACAACGGACACUACAGAGACUGCCGAUAAGCUACAACAACUAAAGAUGGUAGAUGAUUCCAAAGAUGAAGUACAUACCAACAACGUUGUUGCUGCUCCGGCCGCUGCUGCCGUUGCACCAGCAAAGAAAAAGAAAGAAGCUAAACCAACCAUUACAAUUGAACUUACACAAAGAACAAAGAGAAAGCACGUUACAACUAUUGCAGGUUUAGAAGGUUUCGGUAUUAAGUUAUCAGAUGCUGCUAAAUUGAUGGCAAAGAAAUUCAGUUGUGGAUGUUCAGUGGUGAAAGUACCAUCAGGUGGUGAAGAGAUUGAUAUUCAAGGUGAUUUCCAAGAGGAAGCUGUUGAUUUCAUCGUAGAAAAGUGGAGUAAUGUUGAUGAAUCUGAUAUUUAUUUCAUUGAAGAUAAGAAGAAAGUUAAAGCAAGAUAG